AUGGGAAAUGUUGUAAAUAAAAUUGUUUUUAAUGCCCCUUAUGAAGGGUGCUUUGAAAAAUUUGAUUUAGAUUUUAUUUUUAUUGAAAUAGAAAAUAAGGAAAAAGUUGCAGCUUAUUUUAUUAAUAGAAAUGCUCCGUUAACAAUUUUAUUUUGUCAUGGCAACGGUGAGAACAUAUACAUGUUGUAUGAUUAUUUUUACGAGACGUCGAAAAUAUGGAAUGUUAAUGUAUUCUUAUAUGAUUAUCUUGGAUAUGGAGAAAGUACCGGGACAUCAUCAGAAAAAAAUAUGUACUUAACUGGAAUUGCGGUUUAUGAUUACAUGGUAGACUGUUUAAACAUAAAACCAGAGAGCAUCGUUCUAUACGGGAAAUCCAUAGGUUCAUGUGCAGCAGUUGAUAUAGCAAUUAAAAGGAAAGUAAAAGGAAUAAUUUUACAAAGUGCUAUAUUAUCCUUGUUAAAUAUUUGUUUUAAAACUAGGUUUAUUUUUCCUUUUGAUUCUUUCUGUAACAUAAAAAAAAUUCAUAUGAUUCCUUGCUAUGUAUUUUUCAUUCAUGGCACUGAUGAUAAAAUUGUUCCCUUUUACCAUGGAUUAUGUCUUUAUGAAAGGUGCAAACGGAAGGUUCAUCCUUACUGGGUUAUUGAUGGAAAACAUAAUGACAUCGAACUAAUUGAGAAUAAAAAAUUCAACGAAAAUAUUAAGUCCUUUUUAAACUUUUUAAACAAUUCAUAUAUUUAA